AUGGGCAUUCCCCCCAAACCAAAUUAUGAAACUUACACCUGCUGUCCAAAUCUUUCCUCUACCUUACUGAAUUCCUCCAGAAGGGUCAAGUUGGGGCUCUGGACAGCUGAACAGGUGAGGGUUCAUACGGGUUCCCCGACUAUCUCUGAAGCAACUUUCUGGGCAGGAAAUCAGUCAAAUUGUGAUGAAAGCGAACGCAGGGAAGACGAGCCCGCGCCCCAACCCCCCGCGUGGCCGGGUCAAGUACUCAAGUCGGCGGAGGGGACCCGGGGGGACGCGCUCCCCUCGAGGGCCAAGCGGGGGGAGCGCGUUCUCCCGGCCAACGCGGGGAGCUGGGUCGGGCCCCGGAGCAGACCCGCUGGACACACAGGGUCCCGCGGCAGCCCCGAGGGUCCCGGCUGCAGCUCUCAGGGCGCCCGGACGGGGCCGGCGCCGCUUACCUCGACGGCUGCGUGGGGACUCGGCGGAGCUCGGCUGGGACUCCGCGCGGGCGGGGCGCGGGCCGGCGGCGGGGCAGCGGCGUGGCAGGCGACGCGGCGCACUGGACUCCACCCGGGCUCAGGUCCGCCGCCUCGGGGAGGAAGUGGUGUCAGCCCUGCCCUUCCCACGCAGCGCGCAGACGUGAGGCGCCCGCCGCGCCGCUUUGCAUCGAGGUGCCACGAGGGCGCUCGGUUCGAGACACACACGGAGGAGUACGGGUGGAUGCAGACUCUUGAAACUCGGGGACUGCUUUUUCCAACUAAUCGGCUUAAGGACACUGAGUUGGCGCGGGCGAAACUGUGAAGAAACAGGCGCUCUGACACGUUGCCGGUGGAACUCCAAAAUGGUAACCGUUUAAGUCAUCCAGGAUUAGGGUGGCCCAUAACUUACUGCUGAGACUGAGCCACUUCUGAGAGUACCAGAAUGUUAACUGGAUGAGAAAGCAAGAAACAGGUAUGAUUCAUGACUCUUCCAAACAAACAGAAUGAUGCUAAGAUUUAAAGUCAUUUUAAAGGAAGACUGGGAGUCAGGUGUCAGAGCAGGGCUGACUGGGAUUUGUGGAGAUGACAGAUCUGAAGAGGGAGACAGAGUAGUUUGCCCAAACGGCACUUCUCAAAAGAAGUUAGUUUGCUUUUUGCUUUCUUUUGUUUUGAAUAAAAGGAGGAGCCACUAACGGUCUGCCCACAGUAAUGGGGACAAUGGGCAACAGCAAAGUCACCUUCUGAACUUAAGGUACAUGGAGUGUGAAGAAUAAACGAUUUUUCCUUGAGAAAGCUGCAAUGGACAUGGUGUCCUCCAGGCAGAGUUAAAGUUCCAGGACAGAGGAGCGCACCAGGAAUAGCCUCAUGAUACAGGAGUGGCAGUGAGAGAGUUUGGGAUGUGGGAGAGACAAGGGCUGAAUGAAUCACAGGCAGGGAAGAACACAAUGUCAUGAGACGGUGGUGUGGGAGAAACUUCCUCUGCUGACUUCUUCUUUGUGGAGGGACCAGUGGAGCAGUCUUCCUGGAGUAUCUCUGAGGACAGUGGGUAGUGGCUAGACAACGUGGGCUCUGGCACCGUGGAGGAACACAGUUAAAGUUUAAGCUGAGUUGGAUUUUAACUGUGUCUUACUACCUUACUCUUUCGGCAUGUUUCCUCCUGGCCAAAUAGCAUCUACCUUCUGACAAGGGACCUGUGUUGACCUGAAUUAAGAUUUCUGCUACUUUGGGGGUGGGGAGUGGGAAGGUAUUUUUUUUCUUUUGGUUUAGCACUUCAUAAAGUUUUGCCUGUUCAUUUUAUUUGGAUUGCCCUUAAUUGUCGGGAAUAUUUGCCUCUGAUUUAAAUACACAACUUUAAUGCCAUCUGCAAUGGACUGUGUUUUCCAAAGAAGGCCAUGACUGUAUCUCUCUUACCCAUCAAGAAGUGGAGUCCCUUUCUCUCCCUCCCCCUUGAAUGUGGGUGGACCCUGUGACUGCUUUGGCCAAUAGAAGACAGCAGAAGUGAUGGUGGACUUAGCACUUAUUGGCUGGCAGCAUCUCUUCCUGCCUCCUUUAGCCCUGAACACCCAUGAAGGAGGCUACUCCAUCAGAGAGAGAGACCACAUGAAGGAGCACUGAGGCAUCAGCCAUGAGGUGAAGAUGCCAUCUUGGACACCCAGCCCCAUCAAACCUUCAGAAGAUCCCAGCCCCAGUUCUUAUCCAAAUGCAGGUACACCAGAGAGCAUGGAGAACCACCCAGAUGCAUCAACCCACAGAUUCCUGAGAGAUCAUGAUAAAUAGCUGUAUCAAGCCUCUAAGUCCUGGUUUGUGCUCAAGGCUUCUUGGGGACCUCUGUGUCUCAUGUUUGUGUCGUAGUAAAGCUUUGUGCUUUGACUUUUAAAAUAUAAACUGAUAAAAACAAUAACUGUUUGUGGUUUCUAUUUUAACCAGUAUACCAUUAUUAAUUAUAUGUUUUGUAUAUAGCAUAUGUAUUUUCUCUUGCCUGUUAACAAACUCUUCCCUCUGCCUGACCUCUGACCCUCUACUUGUCCUUUGGCCACUGUUCUCAGAUAUUCCUUUCCUUCCACACCCUGGUGAUAGUGGGAGGAGCACCAGAAAGGCUGGAUGGAAGAAUAGAAGCAGGAGAAGGGUAGGGAAGAAAAGAGAGAGCCCAAGAAGGCUUGGGAGAGGAUUUUUGGUGGGUAGCUGAGAGCAAAACAAUGAGAAAGAUAUUUUGGGGACAUUGCUGGGUAUGAGAGAGGUAGAGAGUGAGAAGAAAGAGAGGAAAGGAGUUUUAAGACAUGUGGACUUGAUGUAAAAAGAAACUUGGCUGAUGGUUUCUUUGCAUUGACAGUGCACAGAGGCUAUGCCCAUGGGAGCCCAGUGGUAGGUUACUUAAUAAGCAUUAACAUCUUUGAAAUACUGAGAUAUAUAUGCAUACACUGUAUCUUCCCAGUGUAUGUGUCUGUAAAGCAGUGAUCCUUGCUACCCAAUAUCACUGAGUAAAAGUAUAAAAGAGAUGGAGGUUGUUUGAUUUGCAAGGAACGAAAUCUAUUCAAACUGGCUGAAGCCAAAAUAAGCUCUUGGAGAGAAGCUCUGGUAGCUCAUUGAACUCAGACAGGAAGUAUAGCUGGGCUGCUUGAGGGGUGAUACUAAGAAGUAGAGG